UUCAACAACUACUCCAACGACUUUGCGGACGCUCUCAGUCUCAGUGCGACGCUGGGGCUUAUUCUCUGCUCAUUUCUGACUUCCAUAUAUAUUAAAUCAACGAAAAUCCUGUCAGAAUCUGGGUUCAAUUUGAAGAGCUGGUUCUGAGUUGAAUUGCGAUGAAUUUUAACAGAAGCAGAAGUCCUCCGGGCGGAAGAAGGUUCCAGGGUCGAGAUCAGACAUCAUACGGACCGUACCAAAUGGACCGAGGGCGCUUCAGGCAAGAUGCUUUAUGCAAGAACUGCAAAAGGCCAGGACACUUUGCCCGAGAGUGUCCAAAUGUGGCUGUCUGCAACAACUGCGGGCUCCCUGGGCACAUUGCUGCAGAGUGUUCCUCCAAAACGAUGUGUUGGAACUGCAAGGAAGCUGGGCAUCUCGCCAGUCAGUGCAACAAUGAUCCAAUCUGCCACGUAUGUAAUAGAAAAGGGCACCUGGCACGUGAAUGCAUGGAAUCUGGUGAUCCAAGAGUUUGCAACAAUUGUUUCAAGCCGGGGCAUAUUGCAGUUGACUGUACGAAUGAAAAGGCCUGCAACAAUUGCCGGAAGCCGGGCCAUCUAGCUCGUGAUUGUGUGAAUGAUCCUGUCUGCAAUCUCUGCAAUGUAUCCGGUCAUGUUGCACGCCAGUGCCCAAAAAUUGCUAUUGCAUCACAAAUUGUUUCUGGUCCUUUCCAUGACAUCAUUUGUAGAAACUGUGGCCAGUCUGGUCACAUCAGCCGGGAAUGCUUAUCUGUUAUUAUAUGCAACUGUUGUGGUGGACGAGGUCAUGUUGCGCACGAAUGCCCUUCUGCCAGGCUUUAUGCUAGACCAUACCGUCGGUUUUGAAUCUUCUGUUUGUGGGGAGAUUUGCAGUAGUGGACAUCAAUAAAAACUAGAAUGCAUGCGGACAAAGUUGCGAACAAGCUUUUGAUUCGUCGUGUUUGUGUUUGUGGACACUUGCUUCAGCAUUUAUG